AUGUGGGUGUUCGAUGCACUCACCAAGGAGGAGAGACGGAAAUCCAUCUUCGCUCUCAUCGACAUCUUCAUCCUCGUCCGCAGGAGCGACGGCGGCUUUUUCCAUCAACAGGCCGCUGACCAUAUGGGCCAUGCUCCUCAGCGGCCUUGCAUGGCCAAGGUCGGCACCGACCAGGGGCCCGCCGCUGUGUGCCGCGACGUCAGGCGCGGGACCAAGUGCAUCACCGUCGCCCACUCGGACGGGUUGUAG